GCCCAUCGUUUAUAGUCAGAAAGUGUUUAGCUGCUGACAAAUAACGUGUUUCAUCAAAGUAGCCUAUAUAAUUCGCCAUGAGGUUUCUUAGCGCCUAUAUUCAGUUGAGAUGCAGUAGGGCUACGGCGUGUAUCAGCUACUUGAUUUUGAUUCAACUGCUGUCGUCCAGCUGCGCCGGUCCGGUUCGUUCUUCCCGCAGGAGUGAAGUGAGGAGUCCCUUUGCAUCCCGGAAGUACGCCAAUAUCGAGUCCCGAACAAGCGAUUAUCAAGAUAAUCAGCAGUUGACCAAUGAGAAUCACGAAACGGCCUUAGUAGAUGUGAAGAAUCCCAGCGAAGAUUUGAUCGCCACGACCGACAAUUCAUUGCCUUUAGAGGAUCCCGUCGAAAACUUCCAGUCCAGUCCAGUUGGUCCAUCAGAAUUGCUGGCAGAUAUCAGUGGGUCAACUGAUGCUGAUGCUCAAUCUGAAUAUGUCACCGAUCCUUCCAUCGAUCCUGCGGCUGUAACACCUGACGUUGUGGCGAUCGACCAAGUCUCUUCGGAUGCCUCCGCUUCUACAACUCCGAUGGAUCUUCCACUUUAUCCAGCAGUGCGAGUCCCAACUGCUCCGGAAUCGGCUCGCAUAACCGCCGCACCUUUGGGUGCCGGUACCAACAAUCCUCCAUCAACCGAAGUUCCCGUUUUAGCUCCAGUGACAUUGCCGGAACUUAUUUUGAAUAAUACCGAAAGCGGAGUGAAGAAGACCACUCCGAUUUUGUCGUUGAAGUAUGGCGUGCCGAAGGGCGGCGAUAAGCAGAAUCUACCCAAACAUCAUCGCCCGAUUAAAACUUCCUAUUACAAUCCUCCCGACACCAUUAAUCCCUAUCUUGGCGAAGAAUUAGAUAAACCCAUUUAUCUCCCGCCGACUUUCCCCGGCCCCGCUGCUCUCCCGGUCGCUAUUAAUCUUGACGCUUCGGAUGAAGACGACUUUCCCCCGAUUCCGUUCGGCAACUCCAAACCCAAGAAAUUGGAGUUCCCUCCGGUGUCCAACACGGACGAGAAUUUCGGUUAUCAAAUCGACUGGUGGUAAUAAUUAUAUACAUAGGAGCGAAAAAACAAACAAUGAAUCUUCAGUUAUAUUCGGUUAUAUUAUAUAAUUUGAGUCAGAUAUAAUAUCAUUCAAUCUAAUAUAGAUUAGAUUUUCAAGCUUCUGAUUUUAUUUUGUCAUGUCAUAUAUGCUGCUUGACACACGUUUUAUUGGUUAAAUAGAGAAAUAUAUUCACAGUUAUUAUACUCAUCAAA